GCAGCCGGGAAGCCAGCGAGGUCGGUUCCGCCCGACUCUGACAUGGCGGCGCCCUUUGUCUGCUCUGAAGUGCCGUCCCCGGCCUUCUCGCGGCCGUGAUGCACCUCCCUCUACGGUGGGGUCUGGGACAUGGCAGCCAUGGAUUUCCCACAGCACAGCCGGCAUGUCCUGGAGCAGCUGAACCAGCAGCGGCAGCUGGGACUGUUGUGUGACUGCACUUUCGUGGUGGACGGUGUCGACUUCAAAGCCCAUAAGGCGGUUCUGGCGGCCUGCAGCGAGUACUUCAAGAUGCUCUUUGUGGACCAGAAGGACGUGGUGCACUUGGACAUCAGUAACGCGGCAGGCCUGGGGCAGGUGCUGGAGUUCAUGUACACGGCCAAGCUGAGCCUGAGCUCUGAGAAUGUGGACGACGUGUUGGCCGUGGCCAGCUUCCUGCAGAUGCAGGACAUCAUCACGGCCUGCCAUGCCCUCAAGUCACUGGCUGAGCCGACCACCAGCCCCGGGGAGAAUACGGUGGCCUCGGCCGCGGAAGGAGGAGACAAGAGAGCCAAAGAGGAGAAGGCGGCUGCCCCCACACUGAGUGAGCCGGACCCCGCCGGCAGUGGUCCGCCCACAGGCCCGGGCAGGGAGCCCAAAGAGGAGCGGGGCGGCCAGGCCGAGAGCACGGCCAGCGGUGCCGAGCAGACGGAGAAGGCGGACGCCCCCCGGGAGCCCCCGCGCGUGGAGCCCAAGCCCGACCCCACGAGCAGCAUGGCAGCGGCUGAGGCCGAGGCCGCCUUGUCGGAGAGCUCGGAGCAAGAGAUGGAGGUGGAGCCGGCCAGGAAAGGAGAAGAGCGGGAGGAGGAGGGCGCAGCGGCCGCCGAGGUCAAGGAAGAGGGGCCCCCCCUAGAGAAGGGGGAGGCCCCGGAGGAGAGCGAGGAGUCGGCCAGCACCGACUCGGGCCAAGAGCUGGGCGCCGAGGCCCGGGGCCUGCGCUCGGGCACCUACGGCGACCGCACGGAGUCCAAGGCCUACGGCUCGGGGCGCUGGUGCCGACCCUUGCCCUGCCCCCUGUCCGCAGGCGAGAAGCCGUGCCAGUGCGUGAUGUGCGGCAAGGCCUUCACGCAGGCCAGCUCCCUCAUCGCCCACGUGCGCCAGCACACCGGGGAGAAGCCCUACGUCUGCGAGCGCUGCGGCAAGAGGUUCGUCCAGUCCAGCCAAUUGGCCAAUCACAUUCGCCACCACGACAACAUUCGCCCUCACAAGUGCAGUGUGUGUAGCAAGGCCUUCGUGAACGUGGGGGACCUGUCCAAGCACAUCAUCAUCCACACCGGAGAGAAACCUUACCUGUGUGACAAGUGCGGACGUGGUUUCAACCGGGUGGACAACCUACGUUCCCACGUGAAGACCGUGCACCAGGGCAAGGCGGGCAUCAAAAUCCUGGAGCCAGAGGAGGGGGGUGAGGUCAGCGUGGUCACCGUGGAUGACAUGGUCACACUGGCCACUGAGGCGCUGGCGGCAACGGCUGUCACUCAGCUCACAGUGGUACCAGUGGGGGCCGCGGUGACCGCUGACGAGACGGAAGUACUUAAGGCCGAGAUCAGCAAAGCUGUGAAGCAAGUACAGGAGGAAGACCCCAACACCCACAUCCUCUAUGCCUGUGACUCCUGUGGGGACAAGUUCCUGGAUGCGAACAGCCUUGCCCAGCACGUGCGGAUCCACACGGCCCAGGCACUGGUCAUGUUCCAGACGGACGCGGACUUCUACCAGCAGUACGGGCCAGGCAGCGCGUGGCCGGCCGGGCAGGUGCUGCAGGCUGGGGAGCUGGUCUUCCGCCCUCGGGACGGGGCCGAUGGCCAGCCCGCUCUGGCAGAGAUGCCCCCCACAGCCCCUGAAUGUCCACCGCCUGCUGAGUGAGCAGGCGUCCCUCCUUGUGACUGUUUAUUUAAGGAUGGAUGGCACCCUAGAUCUGAGAGGGGUGGCCCCGUUCCCUAGAGAGAAUAAAUUUGAUUAUUUUCUAA